AUGAUAUUAAACGGGGAUAACAGAAAGAUAUUUAUCAAUGGAGAGGUGGUUUAUAAAGUAGGAGAGAAUUCUAUUGAGGAAUAUUGUAAAAAGGACCUUGUAUUAUUAAGGAGAAGAAAGUUCUUUAAGAUUAAAGUAGCCAGAGAGUUUGAUCGGAAAUAUUACUUCUUGACAAGGAAGAAGAUAUUUAUCUACGAAAAUUUAUUUGAAGAUCCGGCUCAUGAAGUUGAAGUUCCAAGCGAGAAGACUUUUGACUUUUAUGUGCAUCACGGUCAACUCUUUUAUCUUGUACAAGAAAUGGACAGAUACUUAGGAAUCAAUGAGGAACAGGAAAUGCUGUUUGAUUUUGAAGCAGGAACUUAUUUCUGGGACGGGGUCGAUUUCUACAUAUGUAGUAAUAAAAGCCUAAUUAGGUUUGAUAUUGUAAAGAGAAGAAGUUCAGAAGUUCUUCGGGAUGUAAAUAUCAAGUAUCUUGCAGUGAAGAAUGGAAUGAUUGCAUAUACAGACGAUGCGAAUGUUCUGAAUUUCCUGAAGGGAAAGUCAAGCCUAUCGUACCAUUACCAUGCUCGUCCGAUUACCGGAAUUAUAAUAACUACUCUUGAAAGUCUUCUAGUUGUGUGUUCAAGCAGAAAGCUUGUUCGAAUAGAAACUAAGAGAGAUGAGAAGACAUUUCUAACAACAUUUGAAGGAGACCUUGUAGAUUUUGUCCAAGACGAGAGUAAUGUUUACAUUUUGACUGUGUUUUGCCUUUUGGUAUAUGAUUUGAAGGUGGGGAGUACCAAAAAACAGAUAUUUUCUCUUCCGAACUUUGAAUACUGCAAGUCUCUUAAUGGCUUUGAGAACAGAGAAGAAGAAAUCCCUGGAAAGGAAAUCUUUGAGCAUAAUAUAAAGAAAACCAAGGUAAAGAUGCCUUAUGUAUUUCAGAAGGAGGAUUUUCUUUUUUCCUCCAAAAACUCUAUAGUUGCAGUAAGGAGAGAUUAUAUUUUUAUAUAUGACCUUGAAAAGGAAGAGAUGCAAAGAAUAGCUUACCUCGAGGGAUUUGAUUUUUUCUACUCAUCAGGAUUCAUUAUUGGAUUAGAACAUAGAAGAGAAAAAGGGAGGAGAACUGCCAAGGUUUAUAAGAUAGAAAGUGAUGGGUUGUUAUUGAUAGGGAAGUAUAACUCGGUUGAAACACUGGCUACACCUGCAGACAUGGUGUUUUCCAAGGGAAAGCUUUUCUUAUAUUUGGAUGGAAGUCUUAUCGAAGUAAUAGGUCCUGGAAUCACAAAAAGCCUUAUCAAUCAAAAUAUUCGGCAAAUUGAAGAGACAAAAAAUGGAAUUUUCUUACUUGAUGAAUGUGGAAUAUUCAGAGUAGAAUCCGAAGAGUGGAUUUUAAGAGAGGAAAAAAUUACAUCUUUUAGAAUUUCUGGUGAUACAUUAUUUGUAUCAUUACCUAGGGAUGGAGUACUUAGCUUUGAAAUGAAAGAUGGAGCUGCCGAAGAGAACUUAAUUAGUGAUUCAAAUGUCAUGGAUGUUUUUGUAGAGGAUCAGGUUAUUUUAACGUUCAGUCGCGUAAAGGAUGCUUCUGUUCUAAAAAGAUAUAGGAAGGAUGGUAAUUCUUGGAAGAAGAACGGAGAAGCCCUGGUAGAUAAAAGGCCAAGAAGGAUUUUCAACAAAAACAUUUAUCUUUCAAUUACAAAUAAGCUACACAAGGUUGAUUUUAGCUGA